GGAUUGUAGGUUAAAGGCGGCCCUGGAGAUGGGCCUCGAGGAGAGCUGGGAUUUGUGAGGGACCGAUUCCAGGCUGGGACGAUGGCUUGUACUUCGGCCGCGAGGUGGGAGGGCAAUCUCCGCUAUGAGCGGCACCAGAAAGGUCACUUGUCCCGACUGCAGCGGGGAAGGAGAUGCCGGAGAGGCCGCAGCGAGGAUGGGCAGAUGCGCGGGGCUGACCCGGGGCAGGCACCCCGCGGGCCGCGAAGGGCGGGCCCGGGCCCGGGGCCGGGGAGGGAAGCGCCCCGCCCACUCGGCCACGGCGGCAGGCUCCAUGGCGGGCCCCGAGCUCCGAGAUCUGGCCAUCCCAACCGUGAGCGUGGAGCACCCCGAGGUAUUUACAGUUGAAGAAAUGAUGCCUCAUAUCCAGCACUUGAAAGGGGCACACAGUAAGAACCUCUUUCUUAAAGACAAAAGGAAGAAGAAUUAUUGGCUGGUAACGGUUCUUCAUGUCAGAAAAAUUAACCUGAAUGAUCUGGCCAAACAGCUCGGAGUUGGAAGUGGAAAUCUGAGGUUUGCUGAUGAAAUUUCCAUGCUAGAAAAGCUAAAAGUUGGCCAGGGAUGUGCCACACCCCUGGCUCUCUUCUGUGACCAGGGAGAUGUGAGAUUUGUUCUGGACUCCGCUUUCCUGGAAGGUGGAUAUGAAAAGGUGUACUUCCAUCCAAUGACAAACACAGCCACAAUGGGAUUGAGCCCUGAUGACUUUCUCACCUUUGUGAAGAAGACUGGGCAUGAUCCUAUGAUAGUAAAAUUCAAUUAAACUAGUGGGCCAGCACUGUGAAUAAAACGUAACUUUCUAAAUGUCAAGAAUGCUUAACUUUUCUUUGUUGAAAUAAUGAGAAGUAGUUUAGGGCUAAUCCUAAGAAAUUUUUUUUUUUUUAAAUACAAGUUUUACAAGUUUGUUCAAGACUAAGGGAUUUAAACUAUUUUAGUCUGUAGACAUCACAAAAUCCCAAAGCCAGGAGAUCAUUCGCUAACAAUUAUUAAGUACUCCUACACAGUAAUUCUUAGCAAAAGUGUGAUAUAAAGAAAUUUUAGUAUGGAAUUAGGGGCAAGACGAUAGGAAAGGACUAGGGAAAUUUGAGGAGAGUACUUUUAGCUGGAUGAUAUCAGAGAGCUACAUGAGUUGAAUGUUGGGCAAUGAAGAAGCUGAAAGGAGACAUAUUCCAAGUUAAGUUUAGGAUAUCAUUAUUAUUCUACUUGCCUGAACAGUGUGUGUGAAGAGAACUAGUGUUACCAUAAGGAUAUCUAACCAGCUGAUGGAAAAUUUUAAAUGCUAGGCCAAGGCUUAAGUAGAAAAACUUCACAUAGUUUCAUUUUAGAUUUUGGAAGACAGGAAAUUUAUCUCUACCUGUAUAAGACCAUCCUAUAUGGCAAAAUGCUAUGAGAAGACUUCACUCUUCUCAAAAUUUAAAUGAGUGAUGGGGUAGGGAGUUAACAAGAUAUACUUCUCAAUUCCCUCAGAAUAAGGGGUUAAUAAUCCCUUAGCUACCUAUUUUAUAGGCUUCUUGUGAAACUAA